AUGGCUCCUGGGAAGGAAGCAUUUGAGCAAGUGGAAUGGAGGAUAAGGGUGGCAGAUGGCUCAUCAGAGGUUUUGGUACCCGCUACAGGGCUUGCAAGAAAGGCCUGGCUAGGAACGAAAGGCCUAAUUUCAGGCUUGGCUUUGAAAGUAUGGAUGUUUUUGAAGAAAGCAUGGACAUUAGGGGCUAAUGAUCCUAGAAAAGUGAUCCAUUGCAUUAAGGCAGGAUUGGCACUCACAAUUGUAUCACUCUUCUACUUUAUGAGGCCUUUGAAUGAUGGUUUCGGAGGAAAUGCUAUGUGGGCUGUUAUGACAGUUGUAGUAGUAUUUGAGCCAACCGUUGGAGGGACCCUAUACAAAUGUUUGAACAGAGUUUGUGGAACUUUUCUAGCCGGAUUUCUUGCUGUUGGGGUACAUUGGGUUGCCAGUCGAUCAGGAGAGAGAUUUGAGCCCCUAGUUGUGGGAGCCUCAGUUUUCAUAUUAGCUUCGGCAGCAACCUUCUCUAAAUUCAUUCCAUCAGCAAAAUCCUUGUUUGAGUAUGGUGCCCAGAUGUUCGUACUCACCUUCAGCUUCGUUGCGGUAUCAGGCUAUAGGGAGGAUAAAUUGUUUGACCUGGCCCAUCAAAGAAUAUCCACCAUUAUCAUUGGAACUUCAUUGUGCAUUCUUGUAAUCAUGCUUGUUUGCCCCAUUUGGUCUGGUCAGAAGCUGCAUAGCCUGAUUGUCGGUAACAUGGACAAACUCGCCGAUUCCCUGAAUGGUUGUGUAACACAGUAUUUUAAUCAGAUCGGGGAGUGCACCAACAGCAACGAAGAGGCUGAUAAAAAGUUGCAAGGCUACAAGUGCGUGCUAAGCUCCGAGGCAACAGAAGAAUCUAUGGCACAUCUUGCUAGGUGGGAGCCUUCCCAUGGCCGGUUCAACUUCCGGCACCCAUGGAAACAAUACCUGAAAAUUGGGGCAUCAAUGCGCAGUUGUGCUUACUGCAUAGAGGCUCUUAACAGUUGCAUCAAUUCAGAAAAUAAGUUCAGGGCUGCCGUCGGUUGUUUUAUAUAUUUUAAACAGGCAGCUGAAUUAAUAAAGAAGCAUCUCAGCUCUAGUUGCUUGAAAGUGAGCUCUAGCUCUUCCAGUGCCAUAAGGGAGCUAGCAGAAACAGUGAAGACAAUGAAGAAGUCAUCCACUAUAGAUUUGUUGGUUGGAGAAAUGAAUAGUGCAGUGCAAGAACUACAGAAUGACUUAAAAUCCCUUUCUUAUUUGUUAAAUCCUUCAUCAGGUCCAGAAAACAAAAAUUUGGAGACAGCCUGCAUGGAAGCUACAACACCCACAGUCCCUCUCAUGGAAAUCAUACCAGUGGUGACUUUGGCUUCUAUACUAAUUGAAAUUGUUGUCCGGAUCGAAGCUCUUGUUGAUGCUGUGGAAGAACUGGGCAAGUUAGCUGAAUUCGCAACCCGUGAUGCCGGGUCCAAGCAAAGCCAAAUGAAAGAUGAAAUUGUAACGAUUGAAGAGAAAACUGAGGGAACCAUGAGGGCACUUCAAAAGGUCUGAGUUCCUAUGUAAUUUGUCAGAAAAUGAAUUCAUAGAUCGUAAGAAAGAAGAACAAAACUAAACCAUUCGUGUAAAAGACUAAUUCAACACAAGAACGUAACAGUUAGCAGGAUCAUUGUAAGAAAUUGCUCUAAUCGUAUGUGCCAAGUUUGGUUGACACUGCUGCCGUGCUUAAAAUGAUUUAUUGAUUAAUC